GUGUCAACAACAUAACGUCGGUAGUCUCGUGUUAGAAAGUUCGAGCCGGCCGGUCACAUGUACGGACGUCAAGGCAUGUCAACACUCUUCUUCCGAGUGACACUUUACAAAGUGCCUCGUGGUGUUAAAUGUGUGUAAUGCGGGAAUUUGUGUUUUUAGAGAUACGAUUAAUCUCUAAACAUGCCGUUCGUCCAGCGAGUAGUGCAACCCAAAUUCCUGAGUCGGAUUAAUCUUCACGACGAUGGCGGAAAACCUAAGAUCAAGGACGGGGAGUUGGAGGCAGUGACGAAUUUCACGUUGAGCAGUGCUCUACGACAACUGGCAUCCGUUGUGUUGAUCGCGAACGACAUCUUCGAGGGUUUGAACAAACAGUUGGAGGAUGUCUGUUGUCGCACGGCUAAGUUGCGGACGAGGAUCGCGGCCGUGGAUCAGGCGGUCUGCAGCUACGAUCCAAAGAUGGUUACAGUUCCUGAGAGUGACUUGUCGGAGUUCUCUGCGAGGACGGACCACUGGGGCGCAGUCCAGCCUCUAGCCAGGAGCCUGUUCACGGCCGACACACGGCCGUCGCCGGUCCGACGCCUGUACGACGCCGCAGCGCCGACCCCCGUCACCGUGAUGCGAGCUCUGGACCGUUACCGUCGCGACGGCGCGCGCUGCUCCAAGUACUUCAGCGUCACUCCCGUCCUGGGCCAACACCGCAAGAAACGACCUGCCGACUGCCUGGACAUCGACAUCGAGACCCGACUGCCGGCGCAAGUGUCACUGCUACGACGGUGGACAUCGCUGGAGGCGAUGGGUGACGUCACUACAGACCUGGACUGUACCCACCGUGUCACCAUGUCCACCACGGACGACGUCGACCAUCGACUUCCUUCCCCUGAGGAGCAGGUCCACGCCAUCGCGCUCAAGUUCCCGUCGGAGGUGGUGACGGUGGAUGUAAGCGGUCGCAGUUUCAGUCGAAUGUCUCAUCUGCGCCGCUCACUGGUGCAUGUACCUGGCGAAGACACCAGGAGGAGGUCUCGGCGCAGACCACGAGGCAAACGGCGCAACACCAUCGCAGGCGUUGACACCAAGGAACUCGCUCAGGCUUGCGGAGACUCAUCAGAGGGUAACUUUGGAGCAACUCCCGAGCCAGAGCCGAGCCUGGGAGAGAAGAAGUCUCGUGUGGAGUCUCUGAAGGAGUGGGGCAUGAGGCUACUGCGGACUAGCGAGCCUGUGGUGAGGCUACGACGAGAGGCGACACGGCGCAAGUGGGACAAGGAGGAACCAACACCUCACUCCAGCAGUGGCAACUGGAGUGCUUCCUCAGACAAUGGCUCUACUGCCACGUCUCACCAUCCCAGGUCAAGCAUAAGCAGUGGCAGUACCUGUCAGAAGCAUGGCCGCCGAGGAACAAUAAUGGUUUCAACUUCUUCUUCCGUUACAAGUGAAAGUACCCUGACACCAGACGAUGGGGAGACUUGUUCCAUGUAUUCUUGUGACACUGAAGGUUACUACACCAGCUUCCACUUGGACUCAGGGCUCAAAACUCUUAGAGAAGAAGAGCCUCUACCAGCAUUGCAUUCAAUGUCAGCUUUGUCCGGUAGCAGGGGCAAUGGAUCUACACUUACGGCUGAUUCAGAGUAUGAACUCUUUGGUAAAGGAUCUACAUCUACGACAGCGAGCUCUGCUGGUACAGUGUGUACCACUCUGCUGCACCCUCAGGCAGCUCCGAGUGUUCCUGAGAGAGUCAACAGCCAGCUGUCUGCGUCCUUGCCUGAGAGAGGAGUCAAGGCACUGCACAGUUUGAGCUCUAAAGAUCCAAACGUCAAAGAAACGUCGAGCUUAAAAAUAGAAAAGAAAAAUUACAUUAAGGUUGAUUUCAAGAAACUUCAAGAACAUAAAUCAAACCUUACAAAAGAGAAUGUGGCAAAGUUGAAACAGGUAGAUGAGAAGAAAGGUAUGAUAACAGUUGAAGUGCACCACAACGGUGAUAGUGAACUAGGACCUGAGAAAUGUGGAGACUCUCCAGACUCUGGUCAUAAUACCUGUAGUUCUCCAGUGGACUCCAUCACUAGCCCAUCAAUUGACUUGGAGAUGUCAGAAUGCUCAGAUUUAGAAGGUAUUGACAGGGUGGAGAGGAUACGAGUUAAAACCACAAUAAAUUCAAGUAGAAUCCCUUCAAUGUGUGUGAUCACACCACCUGUGAGUGAUGAUGAGGUGAGUUUGAAUGCCCUAAGAGGACCAGUGGACAUGGGUGAUUACGUCACAAUAUCAGAUGUCAAGACUCCAGACACUGUUUCUCCGAUACUGACUAGAGAAACAGAGUAUGUGUCCCUGAAUGAAUUACCUCCAAACGAUUCUCUUGAGCGGAAAAGAAGGCAAGGUGCCAGAGUGACAUUGGAUUCUGAAGGAAAAGUUGUCUAUUCUUCAGACAGUCUCAGGAGAAGAAAAGCCAUUCACACAACUCAAACGUUCGAACCUGGUCCAAACGUCAAUAAGGUCUCAAGUCCUGUAAUGCCAAGAGCAGCCAAUGUCAGACCAGUUAUCACUAGUGAGAGAAGAGCUCAAUCAUCAUCCCCCACGAGGAUCAUAUCUCCCACCUCGACUUUGACCAGGCAAAGAUCACAAUCACCAGGUGUUUCCAAUGGAAAUACAAAACAGCAAGCGGAUUCAGUCAAUUUAUCUAGUCAAACAGAUUUUAAUAGAAAACCAUUAUCUCCUGUUUCUUCAAAUAGGCCAAUAUCUCCACUAGUGUCGGCAUCCAACCAGAGGAAUUCCUUGGUAAAAAGUAGAAGUCAACAAUAUUUUCCAAAAUCUUCAUAUGGAAGCUUGUCCCCAACAAAGCCAAUGUCACCAUUGGUUUCUUCAGCCAAUCAAAAAUCACCAAAUGAGAGAGAUAACUCCAGACCACUGUCUCCCUCAGCGGUUUAUCCGAGCCACAGAUCAAUGUCACCGAAGGCCGUUGUUCGAGCUAAGCAAGUAACCAAAGCGGUCAGCCCCAUUACACAAAGGGGAGCCUAUGUCAAAGUACAAGAGGAGCACGAUGGUGUUGAAGAUGAUCUUAAAAACAUCGUGAAGAGGAGUGAUAGUUAUCGAAUGGCAAACAAUGAUACAAAAUCCCCAAUCAGUACCAACAGAAAGCAGUUAGGUGUAAACGUAAUGGCAGGUCCAAACCUGCUCACAGCAAUACAGACUGCUCGGCCAAGCAAAGGUAAUAUCAUCACUAAGUACGAUAAAACUGAUAUUUGGUAUUGUGUCAUUAAUGGCUCUUUGCCAGAGCAGAAUGUUUCUACACCAGUAAAGCAGAUGUUCACUGUCAGCCCUGCACGUUCACACCUGCUGAGCUCCACCCCCACCAAACCUAACACCAGCUCCAACCUAGAUUUUAGCAUGAACCUAUCACCCAUCAACACUCCUGUGUCAUCCCAGCCGUCUCGCAAUGCGAUGGACCUCUACGCCAUCAUACACGAGUCCAAGAAGAAGAUCAUGAAGCUUCGUGAGCGCAACUGCUCUCCAACACUGACUGAAAAGAUCUCCAAACUACAGUCUUCCGCGGUCCAGACGGCUCCAGCUAAGACACAGGAAGUCAAUAGGCUGAUGAACAGUAAAGCCAACAUACCUAUUAGCGACAACGUUUUCAAGAUGAACUCCAACUCAAGAAGUUCAACUCCAGAUAACUCUGUGAAACAAAGAAUAAGUCCUAUUAUUAGUGAAAGAUAUUUGAGAGACCCUCGAUCAAAUGUUCCUGAAAAUAAUUAUGCUGAAAGACUAAUGAGAGCCUCGCCUAGUUCUAGAAGUUCUACUCCUGAAAUGAGUCUCAUAGAAAGGAAUGCUAGGACUGCUCCUGGCUCAGGUAGUUCAACACCUGAAAAAAAUUUCAGAGUUAUUCCUGAAGGGCCAAACUGGCCCAAAGCCAUUCCUGCUUCUCAAGUUCCUAACCUUAGAAAAUCCCCUUCUUCCUAUGACUAUUUAAAUUUAAGUCCAUCAGGUCAUUACCAGAGGACCAGAUCACCCUCCCCUCUGCUGGAUGUUAACCAGUUUCCCAGCUACCCUGACUACAGGUCUCUGCCUCGGAUGUCUCAUAGGAACUCUCCCACCCCUCAGAGUCCUGUCAGGCAACAUGUCUUUGCCCCGAGAGAUCCUCCCUCACAGGAUGCUAGGAUUUCCUCUCCUCAACAUUCCUCUUUUGCUUCUGAUCGACUUGGAAAAGUACAGCCCACUUCCCGAAACGAUUUUAAGCAACUGCUUCUUCGAGCCAACUGGGGUACAACACCUUCAAGUGGAUCUGCUGUUGAAAGAUUAAAAAACCGAACGUCGCCAGUAAAACCAAAAUCGUGGAAAUCGGAUAUUCUCUCUUCGACAAUACCAGAAGAUUGUCGAGAAGACGAUGAACAAUCCGAUCGAAAAACUCUAGAGAAUAUGUCUGGAGAAAAUAGAUCACCAGGUUAUAGCGGGGGUAUUCCUAAAUCCAGUGCCUUAGUGAAUCAACAAUGCAAAGCUUUUGAUAACCACAGAGCAAGCCCAACAGAUAAAAACAGAAUUAGUCCGACAUUAGAAACAGCAUUAUAGUUGGGCAUGUAAAUUAUGUUAAAAAUAUUCAAUAGAAAUUUAAAAUGUUUGAACCUAUGGCAAAACUUUUUUUAUGUCAAAAGCUUAAGUAAAAUAGAUUAAGAAA